AACAUGUUUUAUUAAUUAUUAUUAUUAUUCCAUUUGCAUUAAAAUAUAAUAAAAAGAUGUAAGAUUCUCUCCGCCUCCUUCUCUCUAUAAGAACCGACACAGAGACGAAGAAGAAUAAUCACUCGAAAACUCAUCAAAUCAAAAAUCAAACACAGAGAAGAGAAAAUGGCCGCAGAAGGAGAAGUUAUCGCUUGCCACACCGUUGAAGAUUGGACCGAGAAGCUCAAAGCCGCCAACGAAUCCAAGAAACUGAUUGUGAUAGACUUCACUGCAACAUGGUGCCCACCUUGCCGUUUCAUUGCACCCGUCUUUGCUGACUUAGCCAAGAAGCACCUCGACGUAGUCUUCUUCAAGGUCGAUGUUGACGAAUUGAACACUGUUGCUGAGGAGUUUAAAGUUCAGGCAAUGCCAACGUUUAUCUUCAUGAAAGAAGGAGAGAUCAAGGAGACUGUGGUUGGUGCUGCUAAAGAAGAAAUCAUUGCCAAUCUCGAGAAGCACAAGACAGUUGUUGCUGCUGCUUGAUUUGCUUUUCUCUCUUACCUAUUUUGCUAAAAUAUGUUUGGUGUUUUAAUAAAUCCUUUGUUCGCCCGAGUCUUUUCACCUUAAAUGUGCUCUUAUGUGUGGUGGUGAAUAAAUGUUGUUGCAAACUUGAUUACUCGCAGCUAUGCUAAUUGUUCGUUCAUGGUUAUGUUUACUCUUUGGGGAUUCUAUUGUUAUGUUAGUUUUUCAAUUUUCAAUUACAUUACACCAACUAGUUAUCAAUCCAAUUACAUUGCCAAAUACAAUUUCGUUUUGCCUAAACUCUCCAUGGUUUUUCACUUCAGAAAGGACAAAAGCACAAGGUGUUAAUUCAGACACUGAAACAUUUCAGAUGUCAUUUAUACAUAAUGAUCCGUUACAGAAAAAAAAGUGGGAGGCCAUGAGGAAUUUCAAUUAGUAUUAUCAGUCUUGGGAAAUUAUAUAAACCUCUUUUGUAACUGAAAGGAGAGACAUCUUACGGUCGUCAUCAUUAAACCUUGUCGUCAUGGAACCACC